AGGGCAGCGAAUGAAUGGGUUUGUUAUGGGUAGUUAGAGUGACGUUGAGUUUGUCUGGUCACCUUUAUGAGACUUUAUGACCUGGGAGGACCGUGAAGGGUACCUGGAAUAAUGAAGCUGCAGUGUGAUGUAGAGGUGAUCAACAGGAUGCUGCCCACCUACGGUAUGAAGAACCGAGGAAAGGGCAGCAGGGCCAUGCUGUCUAUCGGGAAGCAGGAAAAGCGAGGUGCCAUCUACAUAAUGAUUUGCACUCAGAAGGAUAAAGCGGGCUCCAGAUACAAGCUGCAGGAAAAUGUAGAGCAGCUGUUCACCAGAUUUAUAGAUGAUGGGAAAGCAACAAUUAGACUCAAAGAACCAGCUGUGGAUAUUUGUCUUAGUAAGGUUGAGGCAAACAGUCUAAAGAACUUUAUUUCCAUAGUGAGACUCUCUGAUAGAGGGAUAGAUUCUGGUAUUGUACCGCUGACACGCUUGACUCCAGCCAAGUCCUCAGACAUAGAAAAACCUAGGACUAGAAUGUAUAUUACAUGCCAGAAAGACUAUCCAAUCACAAAGAGCUUCCCUUAUUCUUUAGAGCAACUUCAAGCUUCUUACUGCAAACUGGCCAGGAUUGACAUGCGGAUUUUAUGCUUGAAAAAACUCCAAAAACUUGACCUAAGCAACAACCACAUCAAAAAGCUUCCAAAGACAAUUGGUGAUCUUGUGUGUCUCCAGGAACUUAUCUUAAACAACAAUCACUUGGAGUCUUUUGAGGUGUCACUUUGUCACUCCACGUUAACUAAGUCUCUUAAAUCAUUGGACCUGCGAGAAAACAGACUCAAAGCUCUUCCUGUCCAGUUUGGCCAGUUGAGAGAACUAGUUAAUUUAAGACUGGAUGAAAAUGAGCUCAUUCAUCUGCCGUUCACCUUUGGUCAGUUAAGCAAACUCAAUUUCCUGACAGCAACGAAAAAUAAACUGUCCUAUCUCCCCAACAGCUUCAAAUUGUUGGUACUUGAGAAAGUCGAUUUCUUUGGGAAUCCUUUUGUUAAUGCUUCACCAAUGACUCCUGAUAUACAGUUGAAAAUACCUUUAACAUUAAAGGAAUCUGCAGCAAGAACAGCUAUUGCUUACAGGAUUCGGUAUGGACCUAAUAUCAUCCCAUUUACUCUGUGCCAAGAUAUGUCAGUGGCUAAAACAUGUGACUGUGGAGGUUCCUGCCUGGAUUCCUUUAUUCAGACAAUUGUUAGAAUGAACCUACACCAGGUGUCUCGAACUGUGGUUCUUGUAGAUACUAUGGGAAGUACAGAAGCUCCUAUUGUUUGUUACUUUUGCUCUCUCAAUUGUUACUCCCAGUUUCUUGAUAAGUACUUAAUGAGUACUAGAGUAUGAACCAUGCAUAAUGGGAGAGUACCUCUAUUAAUGUUACAAAUGGUUAUUUGUGCUAUUAAAUGCCUUGGAAAAAAUACGUAUGUAAAACCUUGUACAACAGUAUGUUUUGCUUUUACAAACUUUGAUAAUUUUAGAAUUUUACCAAAGAUAUCUGAGUUCUGGGGUAUUGGGAUUUCCUCUUAACUACCAAAAAUGUAUACAAUUGUACUUUUAAAGCCUGUAAGCUGCAGAUUCAUUUCUUCUGUAUUUAUACAUUAGAACAAACAUCCUUGAACAAUUACCAACCUACCUCUAUAUUAGCAACAAUACAUGGGCGUUUUUAUAAAAAUAUUUUAUUUUCAACUGGUUAAUGGACAUGAAGAUAAAUAUUGCAAAAUGCUUAUUUAAAUAAAUAAAUUACUACCCUUUUAUUUAUAAAAUUACAAUUGUUUCUUUACAAUAUUCUGGGUAAGAUAAGGUUGUAUUUUGUUCAGGUUUAGAUGGUCAAAAACAUAGAUUUAGGUAAUCCCUUUUUUCCAUUUCUAGUUGUAUUUUUUCCUUUAGAAGGCCCAAGUCCCUUUUACAUGAAUUGUAUUUAUGUAACUUAAUACAUACAAUAUCUGUGAAACUGAAACAAAAUGCAAUCCAAUCACUAUUUUAUAAUCAAGUUCGAGUGUUUCUCCAAAUGAUGGUCCUAGCAGUUGCUCUUUCAAUUGGAAACCAGUUUCACAUUUUUUAUUUUAUGUUAACCUUUUUUUCUUGUGUAUUUUACUCUUUGGUUGCACUUAUUUAUUUUUCAUAUUUAUGCAGUUUAAGAAUGUUAAUCUUGCAUUAAUGUAAGCCUAAAGUAAACCGUAACAAAUACAAAGUAGACAUUUUGCUCUAGAAUAGGUAAAAAUGUCUUUAGUGGGUUAAUAUUUAAUAAUUAUUAUUAUUUUUGAUGGACAAUUUGUGCCUGUUUUAAAGUGACAAUCAACAUCGAAAUUGUUAUUGUUUAAAAAGAUAGAUAACUACCCAUUAAGAUAAUAAGAUUGAUUUACUACCCAUUCCCCAGGUUUGUACAACCAACAUUGUUAUAUCAAUAUACUUUAUAACAUUUAAACCUCUACAUUUCUGCCUGUUUCUAAGCCACUACAGACAGCUUCUUAUCACAUGCUUUUUUUAUUUGCUUUUUACAAGAGACUGCUAAUCCAUGUGGCCCAUAUAGAUAACAUUGUGCUCUCUCCCGUGGGUUGUGGAUGACACUGCACUAAUUGGCUAAAAUGCAAGUCAAUAGAUAAUAGACGUGUGAUCAGGGGGCCGUCAAAAGAGGCUUAGAUACAGGGUAUCACAAAGGUAAAAAGUAUAUUAAUAUAACUGUUUUGGUUAUGCAAAAUUGGGGAAUGGGUAAUAAAGGGAUUAUCUAUCUUUUUAAACAAUAAAAAUAUUGGAGUUGACUGUCCCUUUAGCAUUCCUUAACAGACAUACAGAACAAAGAAUAGAACUUCCUCAUUUAUUCUUAAAGGGACACUGAACCCAAAUUUUUUUCUUUCAUGAAUCAGAGCAUGACAUUUUAAGCAACUUUCUAAUUACUCCUAUUAUCAAAUUUUCUUUAUUCUCUUGGUAUCUUUAUUUGAAAUGCAAGAAUGUAAGUUUAGAUGCAGGCCCAUUUUUGGUGAACAACCUGGGUUGUUCUUGCUGAUUGGUGGAUAAAUUCAUCCACCAAUAAAAAAGUGCUGUCCAGAGUACUGAACCAAGAAAAAAGCGUAGAUGCCUUCUUUUAAAAUAAAGAUAGCAAGAAAACAAAGAAAAAAUGAUAAUAGGAGUAAAUUAUAAAGUUGCUUAAAAUUGUAUGCUCUAUCUGAAUCGCAAAAGAAAAAAUUUGGGUUUAGUGUCCCUUUAACAGUCCACAUAGGCUGUUAUAGGGACAAUAGUAAUAACACUAAAAGGCUGUGUUUUAUUUUGGUUUUGGUGUGGGGGGGGGGGGUUUCCUUCUCUAAUCUUGUUACCUUCACUUUAAGCUAAGGUUGGUUGCAUAAGAACAGAUCAUUAGAGGGACACUGAACCCAAAUAUUUUCUUUCAUGAUUCAGAGCAUGCAAUUUUAAGCCACUUUCUAAUUUACUCCUAUUAUCAAUUUUUCUUCGUUCUCUUGCUAUCUUUAUUUUAAAAAGAAGACAUCUAAGGGUUUUUUUUUUAUUCAGAACUCUGGACAGCACUUUUUUAUUGGUGGAUGAGUUUAUCCACCAAUCAGCAAGAACAACCCAGGUUGAUCACCAAAAAUGGGCCAGCAUCUAAACUUACUUUCUUGCAUUUCAAAUAAAGAUACCAAGAGAAUGAAGAAAAUUUGAUAAUAGGAGUAAAUUAGAAAGUUGCUUAAAAUGUCAUGCUCUCUGAAUCACAAAAGAAAAAAUUUUGCUUCUGUCAAAUUUACUUUGUUCUCUUGUUAUCCUAGGUAUGGUGGUAAUGUUUUAUCAGUGUUUGUAACCAUGUUGUACACUUAAGAUUACAAAAUGGUGCUGCAGACACAAGCACACUCCUACCUAGGUACAACCAAAUAAAUUUGAGAAUAGAAGUAAAUUUGAAAGUUGUUUUUUAUCUUCAAAUUGCUUUUUCUUUCUGAAUCAUGAGUUUAAUUCAUUUUGCGUUUCAUCCCCUUUUAAGCAGACUUUCUUGUGUUCUCUUAAGAGAGACCUAUUGUAAUAAUUAAACAUUUGCUAUGUCUUUGAGAAUCUAAAAACAUUUUCGCAUGACUCGCUGGUGAGGAUGUAAUUUAUUUCAUGGAUUCAGAUUCUGACGGUGCCUGUAUAACUAAUCUUUUUCCUCUGUGUUAAUUAAAGUUUUUUUGGUUUUAUGUAUCUCUAAAGAAUGUUUAGAUUUUUGUUCUCUCCAGCCAUUACUAUUUUUUUUUUUUUUAUGUGCACUGUAUCUGGUUAACUUAUUUUUUUUCUCUGACAUUGUAGUUUGCAGAGUGGUGCUUUUUUAUUUUUGACUUAAAUAAUAAUUUUAAUAAAUUAAGAUAUACUGUGUUUUUAUUAUGACUGUUACUACUUCUGGUAGUGAAAAUAAAUCUUUAAGUUUAUAUAUUUUGAAUUUUA